AUGGAUGUCAAAAUCCGGACAAGACGUGAAGGAAAUCGAGGAAGCAUACCGGGAGGGUGGAGCCGCGUCGGGUUUGCCCGCAUCCUGCAGGAGCGCAAUGACCGUUGGAAAACCGUGCCGCUCAACAUCGCCGUCAUCGGCCAGAGCGGCGUAGGCAAGUCCAGCUACAUUAACUGCAGUCGGAAUAUCACCGCGGAAGACGAAGGAGGCGCGCAGGUCAAUAUUGUGGAUGUACUGGGAUUGUCCGGGGUGGGCACCCCGAAAUUCCCACGAGAAACGUAUCUGGAAAACAUUGACUUCCAGCGUUACGAUUUUUAUUUACUCCUGUCCAGCAGUCGCUUUACCUACGACGACCAAUGGCUGGCGACCGAGAUCGGAAGGCUCGGCAAACGAUUCUUUUACGUGCGCACGCAGAGCGGUGUGGACGUGGAUAAGCAGCGUAAAUCCCAUCCGAGGACAACGGCUAGUCAGUCCGAUGACGAGAUCCUGCAGAAAGUACGCGACGAUAUUAUCAAGAAGUUGGAGUUGUUCAAGGUUGAAGAAGGGAACAUCUUCCUCAUCGACAGUUACGAACCCGGCAAGUUUGACUUCUGGAAGCUGCAAGACACGCUGUUGACUGCUUUGCCGGAUUUGAAGCGUGAGGCCUUUCUGUAUUCCCUCAAUCCUAUGGGCAUGCUCAGCAAGAAAAUCCUCCAGAAAAAGGUUGAAGCUCUUCGAGGCCGUGUAUGGAAAGCGGCACUGGCUUCCGGUGUUGCUGGCCUCUUACCAGUACCGGGGAUGUCCGCCGCAUUCGACAUCGGCUUAGUAAUAAGUGAGAGCCGCUUCUAUCAGCAACAGCUCGGCCUGGACCAGCAGUCGUUGACGACAAUGGCCCAGACACAUGGAGUAGAUUUGGCCAUAUUGGAGAAAGCGGUGGCUUUGUGCAUUCCAGGCGUGAUCACCAAGGACUUUGUGGUCUUCCUUGGCAAGGAACUGUCGACGGAGGCUGCUGGCCAGGCGGUGGAAGAGCUGCUCAAGUUCAUCCCGUUUGUCGGAUCACUGCUGGGGGCGCCAAUCUCUUUCGUGCUGACCCAGCGUACAAUGCUUUCCAUUCUCGGCAGGAUGGAAGCCGCCGCCAACCAGGUCAUCGACAUCUGCGUCAAGAAAGCUUAUCAACAGGCGCUCCAGGAGACCCGUCAAGAUUGUCAAGACCUCAGAAAUAAGAAGCCGACAUUCUGAACUGUAAUCUAGUGCAUCCUCUGCUUAUUUAUUUAGCUUGAAUUUUUUCUGUCUUAUUUGUUAGGUAUCUUUAUCUAAACAUUAACUGGUCUUACUGCGUCGCUGCGAGCGUUUGAGCUGUAAAAAUCAUCGCUUUUUA